AUGACCGACGCAGAAAUAGAAGCAAAGAUUGACGACUUGUUUGCGUUUGGUGCCGGAGAACAACUUGACCGAAAUGAAGUCCGGCAGCUUCUCGCGAACCAUGACAACAAUGCCGAAGCCGCCCUAGACAAGUACUUCAUCACUCUCGAACAAGGCGGCAUGUCGUCACUCAAGUCCCAUCUGCGCAAUUCGCAAGCCAAGUGGGAUGAAGCUGCCUUUGGUGAAGCCAUGUAUGGUGCAGAUGAUUCCACUAUUCCCACGUUCAAUAUUGACUAUGCUCCAGGCCAUGAAAACUAUCCCCAUAGCAAUGUAAAUAGCAGAGCCCCAACGCGCCCGCCUUCUCGAACGAGCAUCGCUUCCACCCAAGCCCAGGUCGGCGAUGCGCCCAUACAAAGCAUUGAGAAUCAAGAAUCAGGGCUUACUGGAUCCCACGCCCAAUUCGGUCCCGCCACUAGGGACGACUAUGUGACUUCGCAAUGGGCUUUGAUACCCACAGCUACCGAGAUCAUAGCGGACCCAGUCCCUGGCCAGCGAAAGCGUGAAGAAGGCCAGCCUGCUAUCCUGAAGCCCUCAUCCAAUUUCAACUACCUCUCGAGCCUGAUCCCUAUCAUCCAUUCGAUACCACUUUUUCGCAACGCGCUGCUAUGUCCUGGUAUACUACAAAACGAUUACUGGCUAGGCGAAAAUUGGUGGAAAGGCUGCCCGGACGAUAUCUCACGCACCGUCGACACCACCAUGGGUCGUUCCGAGGCAUAUAGUCUGGACAUCAUUCACGAGACACAGCGACUAAUGGCGUUUCUGGACAACACCGACCGGAUAUAUGGGUCAAUCAACGCUAUGCUCCAGUCUGACGCUUGGAAAGAGUUGCCAGUGGAUAUUGAUGAUUCAGACGACGAUCUGCUAAAGUUCCUCCUGUUAUGGGGCUUUGCCUUCCAGAGUCAUGUUCCGAAUGCCGAGUUGGACGGUGUUCUGAGAUCUACUGUGAACGUUGCUGGCAGCAUCCAACAUAGUUUCGUUCUCGAUGCCAGUGUAGCACGCGGCCAAUCGAGGCCCGACUUUAGCCUGUACGAUGUUCUCGAUGAUAGCUUCUUCUCGUCGGCCAUGGGCAGUGCGCAUCUACGUGAGACCAGCAAUGUUCUUAUCCUUCGCCUGACCUCUUCAAACACCGAGGCUGCUGAUCUAGGGUGCCGAAUACCUGCAACACUCUACGUCGAUCGCUAUCUGGAGCAAAACAAACACAUCAUCGACGGCAUGUAUAGAGAUAUUCAACAGCACGAGGAACAGCUCAAUGUCAUCAAGACCCAAGUGGACAAGUUGAAGUACCAUGUUCCCAAAAAAGGAGGCGGGAAAAAAGUCGAGGCUCUGCAACUACUGCGAACAAGCAUGACUGCAUAUGACCAUGGGGAAAACGGUACAUCUCCCAAGGAUACGGCAGUCUUGACUCAGCUUCAACAGCUUUGUGAAAGCAUCGAGAGUAAGCUUGCGAGUCUUGAGGAGCAGGUCGAGCAAGUGCAGAAGACGAUUGCUGACAUCUCCGGGCGUUUCAAACCCCACGUGGAUGAUGGUGCUGAUGCGACGAGCGACGUGGCGAAUGAAACUGCCAUGGAAAUCACAGCAAAUUCUACAGAGAAGACUGUAGAGGGAUCUAUCGAGCCGGCCAAGGUCAAAUAUCCUGAAGGCCAGUCACCAGAAGAUGCGAUGCAAUAUGCCUACCAUCUCUGGGGCGUAGCCACCCGCCGGGACGUGGUCUAUGUACGCCACCCCGACAUACAGUCUGACAUUCCGCGCGCCACACAAUGGUGGCGAAUGCAAUAUGAUAGCGAGUCCUCCAACCCCGUCAUAAGACGUGACCGCCUGUCUCUCCAGGAAGUCAUUGAACGAGCCACCACGGAAUCUGCCUCCGCACUUCUCGUAUACGCAAACGACGAGGCGGUAUCUACCGAGCCCAUACCACUUCCCAAGCCGCUAGAAGCGUUUACUAAACGAGACAACCUGAGCUUCCUGGAGGAGUUACAAAAGGUUUCUGAUGGCGACGACUGGGAGACUUUCGGUGACUACGGCAACGUGGCUCAGGGAGGAUGGGAUAAAAACGCAGGGUUGGAAGAAGACAAUGAUUGGAGCCAGAUCACUGCUAAAGAGUUUCACAGUCGCACGAGAAACGACUCGAACAUGAGCUCAGCGACGCUGACACCGAACACCGAGGUUGACGAGGGCCAGGAAAUGGUCGAGACGAACCGCGGUGCCAGCGUAGUGGCAGGCAUGAUGAGUGGCGCUAGUAGCGAGACGAUUGGACGCAGCGACGAUGCUAUGGACAUUGACGCUGAUAAACUCCAAAGCAAGGUUAGCUUCUCCGACGUAGAUAUGGAGGAUGCGCUGGAGGAGCCGCGGAAGCAGCAUAUUGAAGCUGUAGAGAAGAAGGGUGGUUAG